UAAUUGCAUUGGAUGGUUAUUUUUCUUGAUGUCACUAGCCAUUCCAGAGUUUCAUUGUCAGUCAUUGCCUCACAACCAAUGGUAAGUUUGCAUUGGCUGGACUCGCUGCUGCUCCUCGAGUCCCUCCUUGUGCUGUCCUCGCCGCGUGCACGCGCGUGGUACCCACGGUCGUGAGGAGGAGGAGGAUGUUGCGCGCGAAGGGGAAAUGGCUGCCGAAAACAAGCCGGAAGGACUGAAGAAAAUUCGAAAUCCGGAUGGAAUGUACAGAUCAGCUGUGUGUUAUGCCGGCCAUGCUCCUCCUAAGAGUAUCAGUGAUGACACAGAGAUGAACAAUGAACAUGGACAUUUGAAAAUAUACCUGCCCAAAAAGCUGCUUGAAUGUCUACCAAAAUGCUCGUCGCUGCCAAAGGAGAGACACAGAUGGAACACCAAUGAGGAAAUUGCAGCUUACUUGAUAACGUUUGAAAAGCAUGAGGAAUGGCUAACGACGUCCCCUAAAACAAGGCCACAGAAUGGUUCAAUGAUCUUGUACAACAGGAAGAAGGUGAAGUACAGAAAGGAUGGCUACUGCUGGAAGAAGAGGAAAGAUGGGAAGACUACGCGGGAGGAUCACAUGAAGCUCAAAGUCCAGGGAGUGGAGUGUCUGUAUGGCUGUUACGUCCACUCCUCCAUCAUCCCCACGUUCCACCGCAGGUGCUACUGGCUGCUCCAGAACCCUGACAUCGUACUCGUCCACUACUUGAAUGUGCCGGCCAUAGAGGACUGUGGGAAACCAUGCGGGCCAAUCCUGUGCUCCAUCAACACAGACAAGAAGGAAUGGGCCAAGUGGACCAAGGAGGAGCUGAUUGGCCAGCUCAAGCCCAUGUUUCAUGGCAUCAAGUGGACUUGUAGCAACGGGAACAGCAGCUCUGGCUUCUCAGUGGAGCAGCUGGUGCAGCAGAUUCUGGACAGCCACCAAACCAAGCCACCUCCCCGGACCCACAACUGCCUCUGCACGGGCACCCUGGGUGCAGGGAGCAGCGUGCAUCACAAGUGCAACAGCGCCAAACACCGCAUCAUCUCCCCCAAGGUGGACCCCCGUGGAGGCUACAGCAGUGGUCACUCUGAGGUCCAGAACAACGACGUGUCCGAGGGCAAGACCGAGCACAGCAGCCAUGGAGGAGGGGGAGGAGGAGGAGGGAAGAGCUCAGGGGGAGGAGGGGGUACCGCCAGAGAGAAACGCAACGGCAAGAUCCACAAGCCUGUUCUCUUGCACCAGAACAGCACAGAGGUGUCCUCUACCAACCAGGUGGAGGUCCCAGACACCACUCAGAACUCCCCUGUGUCCAUCAGCAGCGGCCUGAACAGCGACCCAGACAUGGCUGACAGUCCCGUGGUGACGGGCUUGGGCCACGUAGCCGCCGUCAUGUCCCAAAGUGUCUUCAUGUCCGAGGUGACCGGAGACCCCGUCUACAGCAUGUCCCCCACAGGGGGCCCCAACACCCACCUCAUGGGCCCCGACGCUGCCUCCCAGGGCCUGGUGCUGUCCGGUGUUGUGGCAGACAGCCACAAGUUUGCCUUCCCCAGCGGAGGAGUUAGGGAGGUUCCCGGGGUGGCGGGGGGAGCAGACGCUCUGUCCAUGCUGUCUGCAGCCGGGGUGUCUGAAGAGCUGGUCCUAUCCAGCAGUCUGGAUAACGGAGGCAUGAAGAUACCUGAGACCACCAUGAACUUCGACCCUGACUGCUUUCUCAACAACCCCAAGCAGGGCCAAACCUAUGGGGGCAGCAGGCUGAAGGGGGACGGCAGCUCCUCUUCCUCCUCCUCUUCCUCCAACGGCACCAAUGGCAGCAUGCAGCGCUCUCCCUCCAUGUCAGAUUCUGGAUACAGCUUCAACUCUGCUCUGGUGAAGAACAUCAAGACGGAGGACAUGUCCUUUGAGCAGCAGCUGGCCACCGAGCAGGGAUACCAGGUGGGGGUGGUGGUGAGCUGUGGAGGAGGUGUCUCUUGUUCCUCUGGGGCAGGUUCAGCACAGGGCUCCCUCGGCCUGACCCCUGCAGGCUCUCUGCUGCCCUCUGGAGGAGGCCUGAGCCCCAGCACCACCCUGGAGCAGAUGGACUUCAGUGCCAUCGAUGCCAAGCAGGACUACUCAUCCGGGGCUGGGACAGUGAGCUAUGGCCAGGCUAUGAACAGCCCCCAACUCUCCCACCAGAGCCACUCGCCCAGCUUCUUCCUCCAGGACACCCAGCAGUCCGCCCAGGCCCAGCAGGGCAGGUCUUCCAUGGGCCAGAAGACUCACUUGAUGGACCACAACUCCCACGACUCCACAGCCUACAUGAGCCUGCAGGUGGUCAAGACGGACUCCCCUGGCAGCAACGGCCAUCUCCAUCACCACCACCAGAGCCACCAGGGCCAGCAUAGGGCCAACUGCAACGGGGGCUCCCCCACCGAGGGGCCAGGGCAGGGGCCUGGGUCUCUCCAGCUCCUGCAGUACCAGGGGGGCUUCCCUGGGUUGGGGCCGGAGCAUGAGGAGGUGGUGGGUCUGGAGCAGCCAGGCAGCGUGAGCUCAGGCCAGGCCGGGGGAACAGAGAACGGAGAGGGUCUACUGAAGCCUGGAGAUCACCUCCAAGCCUGUGGAGGAGGCAACCAAGAGGGAGGAGGUGCAGAGCAUUACCUGCAGCAGACCGACAACGGAGGAGGAAGUCAGGGAGGUGGAGGGAAAGGAGUGGCCAUGCACAACGGAAAUGGUGUCAACAAUGACGGCAGCAACCGCUCCCAUCAACAGCAGCAGCUGCAGCCCCUCAUCCAGGGGGCUGGGAUGGUCCAGGGCCUCUACAACACCGUGGGGCCCCACCAGGGCCUGGGUGGAGUGGGCUCUAACGGGGGUGCAGGAGGGGGAGGCAUGGAGAUCAGCCUGGACCACUUCGACAUCUCCUUCGGGAACCAGUUCUCUGACCUUAUCAAUGACUUCAUCUCUGUGGAUGGUAGUGGAGCCAACAUGACGGCCGGAGGAGCCCUCUACACCCACCAGCUGGUGGGCAACCACCGCUCAGAUGGCCAGGCCACACCUAGCGGAGCUCCUCAGCAGGACCAGGAGGACGGAGGGGUAGGAGGGGUCCGGGGGGCAGGAUACAGCCCCUCAGAGCUUUGUCUCCAGCCCUGCUGCAGCCCCCAGUCCCUUGGUGGAGGGGCCGGGGGUGCAGGGGUGGAGCCAGGCUCCCUGGCCUACAUGCACGUGGCUGAGGUUGUGUCUGCAGCCGUGGCCCAGGGGGCUCUGGGUAUGCUGCAGGCCACUGGAAGGCUCUUCAUCGUCACUGACUACUCCCCUGAGUGGUCCUACCCUGAGGGAGGAGUGAAGGUGCUCAUCACUGGUCCAUGGCAGGAGGCCAGCUCUAACUACAACUGCCUGUUUGACCAGGUCGCUGUCCCUGCCUCUCUCAUCCAGCCGGGGGUGCUGCGCUGCUACUGCCCAGCUCAUGACACUGGGCUGGUGACGCUGCAGGUGACAGCCAGUAACCAGAUCAUCUCUAACUCAGUGGUGUUUGAGUAUAAGGCCCGCGCCCUGCCCUCACUGCCUUCCUCACAACACGACUGGCUCUCACUGGACGAUAACCAGUUCAGAAUGUCCAUCCUGGAGCGCCUGGAGCAGAUGGAGAGACGGAUGGCAGAGAUGGCCUCCCAUCACCAGCAGGGCAGCGGAGGAGGUGCAGGAGCAGGAGGAGGAGCAGGAGGUGGAGGAGGAGGAGGUAGUGGUGGUAACAACAGCCAGACACAGUGUGUGUCAGGGCAGGGUCAGGCGGGCAGCAGCUUUGAGAGCCGUGUGGUGGUGGUGUGUGAGAAGAUGAUGAACCGGGCCUGCUGGGCCAAGUCCAAACACCUGAUCCACUCCAAGACCUUCAGGGGCAUGACCCUGCUCCACCUGGCCGCUGGGCAGGGCUACGCCACUCUCAUCCAGACACUCAUCAAAUGGCGCACCAAGCAUGCAGACAGCAUUGACCUGGAGCUGGAGGUGGACCCACUCAAUGUGGACCACUUCUCCUGCACCCCUCUGAUGUGGGCGUGUGCCCUGGGUCACCUGGAAGCGGCAGUGGUCCUGUAUAAGUGGGACCGACGGGCCCUGGCCAUCCCUGACUCUCUGGGACGCCUGCCCCUGUCCAUCGCCCGCUCCCGCGGCCACACCAAGCUGGCCGAGUGUCUGGAGCAGCUGCAGAGAGAGGAACAGCAGCCCCUGCACCUCUGCCCCCCACCACGCGCAUGUCCUUCUCCCCCCACCCCCCACGAUGCUCCCACCUCAGACAGCUGGAUGGUCACAUGGGCCAGCGACGGCGUGAUGGCGCCCUGCGGAAAGAAAGGCGGCACCGCCACCACCACCACUACCUCCACCACCUCCACCAACCUCAACCCAGACUUGAGAAGGCCGAGAUCUGAGCCCUCCAACUACUACAGCAGUGAGUGCCAGCGAGACCUUCCCUUAGCCAAGAAACACAAGCCCAACCCGGAGCUGUUCCAGGCCAGGCCCGACAAGGCCAUGUCUGUCCCGCUGAGCCUGGAGCAACAGCAGCUCCACAAGCUGUCCUUCAGCACCAAGAGCCCGUCCCCUGAGGGCCUCAGCCCAGACAAAAGUCUCUCUGGUGGGGGCAGCCCUGGAGGAGCAGGGGUAGCCAAGUGGAGCUCUAGGGAGGGUUUCUCCAGCAGGGGCUUAGGCAGAAAGGGUUCAGGGGACUCUGGGGGCAGCAGCCUGGGGAAGGAGAAGCUGGCUAGCAGGCUGAGACAGAGGGAACAGCUGGGGAACAUGCUGGUGAUGGCUGAGAGAGAGAUGGUGGACACUGAGCUGUUUUCCUACAGAGAACACCUGGAGAACCAGGACUGUAUGACGCAGAUGGACAACCUGCAGGACAACAUGAUGACUCUGGCAGAGCAUAUCAUUGAGGCGACCCCAGAGAGAAUCAAAAGGGAGGACUUUGUGGCCCUGGAUGGAGUGCCCCUGGACAGUGCUGGGGUCAGCAACACCAUGAGCUGGUUGGCCAGUUACCUCGGAGACGUGGAGCAGCUUCCCAGCAUCAUACAGCUACGAUCUCUGUACAGUGAUCCUCUGACUCCAUCCUCCAGCCCCAGCCCAGGGGGGUCUCCCCUGAGGGAGGGGUCCAUGGAGAGGCCCACCCUGCCCUCCCCGGCCGACUGGAGCGAGUUCCUCCAGGCCUCUAACAACAAGGUGGAGAGAGACUUGGCCCAGCUCACCCUGUCCGACCCCGAGCAGAGGGAGCUGUACGAAGCCGCCCGUCUCGUCCAAACUGCCUUCCGCAAGUACAAGGGACGCCCAUUCAGAGAGCAACAGGAAGUAGCUGCGGCAGUCAUUCAGCGUUGUUACAAGAAAUACAAACAGCUAACAUGGAUAGCCUUGAAGUAUGCACUUUAUAAGAAGAUGACGCAGGCCGCCAUUCUUAUCCAGAGUAAGUUCCGCAGCUACCAGGAGCAGAAGAAGUUCCAGCAGAGCAGGCGGGCGGCCGUGCUGAUCCAGCAGUACUACCGCGGCUACAAGGAGUUUGGCAGGCUCAGGCUCCACCGGCAAGGAGCCGCCGCUGCCCUGGUGCAACACAAACUCAGAAGUAGUCUGCUCUCUAAGAGGCAGGAUCAGGCUGCCAGGAAGAUCAUGAGGUUUCUACGCCGCUGCCGCCACAGCCCCUUGAUGGACCAUAGACUGUUCAAGCGGAGUGAACGAAUUGAAAAGGGCCAAGGAACAUGAAAACCUUCAGAAGAGCCCCCUCACAAUGUGACAUCACUCUCCUCCUGACUCUUCCUGUUUUCUUUGUCCCUUUAUACCCAAAACAUUUUUCAAGAGAAGAAGAAAAGAAAACAGUUCAGUGAAAACACUGCGAUUAUUAUUACUACUACUACGACAGCGUGGCUGACUCUACUUCUACUUCUAACAACAGCAUUUUUCACCUUUAUCUUUUCCCUCUUACGUGGUUUAUGGUGGAGAGUGUAGAAUUAGAAACUAAGGGGAAGAAGCUGUGGGGGGCAGAACAUUUGCUUCAUGGCAUUUUUUGCACUUUUUCAUGGAUUGUUUAGUCUUUUUGGGAGUAUCGGAGUCUAGGUUUAAGACGGUAAAGGAAGAGGAAUGCUGGACAUGUCUGAAAAAGUCCCUGUGGAUCAAAGGAAGAGGACAAGACGCCAAGGAUGGGGGCAGAUGCCGGCCAGAACAGAAGGAAAACAUGACAGAAGCAGAAACACAUUUGGGACUUGGCUGUAAUUGUAUUUCAUAUUUUUUUAAGUAACUGAUUAUUCCAUUUGAAGAAGAAAAAAAUGUAACUUAAUGAACCAAAAAAUCUUGGUAAUACAUUGAUCCAUUUGCACACAUACACUCCCUGUCGACAGUUAGAUGAAUACAUUCAGUAUGGUAAUUAGUAAGGUAAAUAGAUCAAAAUUACCCUUCCUGUUACGCUGUGCUGUACCCCGCCAGUCAGUCCAAAGGGGUGGGGUUACAUAUGAAUGUAGGAGGGGUGUGAGCAGAAAUGGGUGGGGCUUAUUAAAGCAAUGCCUUUUUUUGUUAUCUAGGUUUGGAGGGGUUAUGUACUGUAAGGCAAGGGAUAGGGGGAUUCAAUGGAAUUACAAUUCUUCUUCUUCUUUUUUUAUAUUAUUAUUUUAUUCUCUUUUCUAUUCCUCUUUGCUUGAAUCUGUUUUGUGCUCAUGCCCAUGACCGAUUUACAACUGACUUGUCUCUUCAAAAUUCUGUGUUGUCGAUUUGAUCAAAUAUGCAUGCCUAUGGGUGAAAGUCUUCACCUGUGUGCUGGAAGUUAGGUCUGUAUUCUCUGAAUUUCAAUGUUUUGCUUUUGUCUUCAUGUUCAAAUGCAACUGAGUGGCCCAUGUACCAACCUAUUCUCCCAAGAGUCAUACCCUCUAGUUCCUGAGAUUAUACCUACAUCCUCAUCUUUCCUUUUUCUGUCGCCUUAUUUCAUUUGUUUCCUCAGUAUUCUAAAAAGAAAGAAAACUUGCCUCUUUUGUGUUGUAAUGAUUAUAGUCAUGAAGGUUAUUGUUGUUCUUUUUAAAUGAACUUCAGGGCCUGUGAGGGCUUUUGAGGGGAAGAUCACAUACAUUUUAAAUGAACCUCAGGGCCUGUGAGGGCUUUUGAGGGGAAGAUCACAUACAUUUUAAAUGAACUUCAAGGGCCUGUGAGGGCUUUUGAGGGGAAGAUCACAUACAUUUUAAAUGAACUUCAGGGCCUGUGAGGGCUUUUGAGGGGAAGAUCACAUACAUUGCCUUGACGUCUUAGAGAUUCUUUGAGGGGUCCCUAAGCUAGUCCCAAAAAAGGGGUUAGACAAAUCCAUAUUUUUGACAAUUGAGCAGUUUCUGUAUAUAAAGAAGGCUGAAGGUAGGGAAAAACAUUUACCCAAAGGGGAUUGUAUUUUAGAAAUAUAUUAUUUUAUUCAUUAAAAAGGGGUCAAAAACAGGUAUGAGACAAAAACAGAAUAUUUGUAUAGUUUUGUUUGAAUGCCUAAGAAGUAUGGUUGUAUUGUUUGUAUAUAGUGUAAAUACCUGGGACAAAAAUGAGCUAUGUGCAUGAAAAACAUGAACAAAGGUUAAAAACACUCAACAAAAGCAGUAGUGGCUAUGCUCUGUAAAAUUAUUAAAAGUAUUUCACUAUAAGAGUAUUUUAUUUUAUUUUGAUUGUUCUUGGGAUAAACAUUUUGCGAAAGCAUGACAUUAUUGCAAAUGCUAAAAACUUUUAAAAAAGAUAACGUAUUUAGAGUUAGGAGAAAUCUGCAAAAUUAUCUUAAGACAAGUAUGUUUAUGUUUACAUUUUUGUUUUGGGCUACCAAGAAUCUUUUGCCAAUGGUGCCAAGUAAUGUGAAUGCUAUAUUGCUUAACAAGAGAAUGAAGUUAAUCUUAGCAGAACAGAUACAAUGAAAUAGACACUAGCAUUAAAGACCACAAGGUCCCAUCCCGACUGGCAGAGGAUCACAGAUAGAGGUACACAUUGUAGAGGGAGAAAUAUUUAUACAGCAACUUUUAAGUCUCUCAUUUCUCUUCUGUUAUCACACGUCAGAACAACCCAAACUUUUUUGCCGUCAUCACCAAAUACACAGGGAUCACUGGUCAGUAACAUUUUAAGUGCAAAAAAGCCUACUGUAUGAGAAAGAGGGAUUGCGUUGUUCGUGUGCAUGUUUGUAUGGAUUGUCUUCAUAUAAGGAUUGUAAAUGGCAGCCUUGUCCAUGUGAAUCUCAGCCCUGUUGUUUUUAUUUUUAUAAUUGAGGUUGAUUUAACAUUUGUUUAAUAGGUGGCCUAGUGGUUUAGUUCGUUGGGCCAGUAACCCAAAGGUUGCUAGAUGGAAUCCCCGAGCUGACAAGGUCAAAAUCUGUCGUUCUGACCCUGAAUUCGUUAUUAACUGACUUGCCUAGUUAAAUAAAGGUUAAAUAAAUAAAUAAAAUAUAUAUAUUAAACCAUAAUUUAUUUAAUAGGACAACACACAGGUGAUGAAAUCAUUGAGCUUUGAUUAUUAAAUCAUUGAGCUUUGAUUAUUAAAUCAUUGAGCUUUGAUUAUUAAAUCAUUGAGCUUUGAUUAUUAAAUCAUCGAGCUUUGAUUAUUAAAUCAUUGAGCUUUGAUUAUUAAAUCAUUGAGCUUUGAUUAUUAAAUCAUUGAGCUUUGAUUAUUAAAUCAUCGAGCUUUGAUUAUUAAAUCAUCGAGCUUUGAUUAUUAAAUCAUUGAGCUUUGAUUAUUAAAUCAUUGAGCUUUGAUUAUUAAAUCAUCGAGCUUUGAUUAUUAAAUCAUCGAGCUUUGAUUAUUAAAUCAUCGAGCUUUCAUUAUUAAAUCAUUGAGCUUUGAUUAUUAAAUCAUUGAGCGUUGAUUAUUAAAUCAUAAUUUGUUUAAUAGGACAACGCACAGGUGAUGACAUCAUUGAGUGUUGAUUAUUAAAUCAUUGAGCUUUGAUUAUUAAAUCAUUGAGCUUUGAUCAUUAAAUCAUAAUUUGUUUAAUAGGACAACGCACAGGUGAUGACAUCAUUGAGUGUUGAUUAUUAAAUCAUCGAGCUUUGAUUAUUAAAUCAUUGAGCUUUGAUUAUUAAAUCAUUGAGCUUUGAUUAUUAAAUCAUUGAGCGUUGAUUAUUAAAUCAUUGAGCUUUGAUUAUUAAAUCAUUGAGCUUUGAUUAUUAAAUCAUUGAGCGUUGAUUAUUAAAUCAUUGAGCUUUCAUUGAGCUUUGAUUAUUAAAUCAUCGAGCUUUGAUUAUUAAAUCAUCGAGCUUUGAUUAUUAAAUCAUUGAGCUUUGAUUAUUAAAUCAUUGAGCUUUGAUUAUUAAAUCAUUGAGCGUUGAUUAUUAAAUCAUUGAGCUUUCAUUGAGCUUUGAUUAUUAAAUCAUUGAGCUUUCAUUGAGCUUUGAUUAUUAAAUCAUUGAGCUUUGGACCGAGUUUGGGAAACCCUGAAAUAGACUAGAUCAACGUAUCAAACUGCUGACACAAGACAAUACUUUUUUCUAAGUGUGGGCUGGAGGCUUAACUUGACUAAGGCUGUCAGGGUCUGGACAGACCAGAAUUAUUCUUUGUCAGAAUGUAAUGUGGCCACAGUGAACGAGGUACAUGUGUAGUGUCUCUCGGCUGGUAUUCUUUGUAAAAGUAAAUUGGUCAUUUACUUACAGGAGGAACACUUGUUUAAACAAUCUAAGGUGCUAAAAAUAACACAAUUAAACAGUGAUGCAUAGAUUAUAGUGAAACAUAUGACCAAGUAUGGAUCAGCACAACCAAGUCAAUGAGCAAAAGUGAGGGAUCUAUAAACCUGUAAAUGUUACAAAAUGCACCAGAGGACCGUGUUUGAAAGAUUAUGAAAUGAAAUGCGAGUGGUGGGAACAGAAACAUUGAUACCAGUUGAUUUGAUCUGUGAGUCCAUGAUAUAUACUCUACAAUAGUCUGCUGGUUUCUGCAGUUCUGCUGAAAUAUAUUAUAUUCAUAUCAAAACAACCAGGUGGCAUUGAAGUGAUGCCGUUCAUUAUUCAAACAAGGUGUGAUGCCAUUGGACAAUUAUGUUUUGUUGUUUAACUGGCUGAAUUUCGUCUCAGACCCUGUUAUCUGUUCUGUUUUGAAUUAUUAUAUACUGCUGGGUUUAUUUCUCUGUAUGGUUGUGUUUAUUUCACAGAGACUUGAUAUGUAAACCUAUUUUCAGAGUGUUUAUGUAGAAAGUGCCUAAUCAUAUCCCGAUUGAUCGCACAAAGCCAAUGUCAGGAAGCAUGCGAUGUACUGUACCUAAGGAGAAAAACAUGGCUUUGGAGAGAAAAAGAUCACCUGAAUCCAUCAUUCUUUAGGACUACUGUAUAUCAAGUAUCAUACCAUAUAUCAAUCCAAAAAUCAUCACUAAAUUCAGUCAGGUGACAGUCUUCCCUUAACCAACUCAGUAUCCCCACGCAAUGCGUUCCGUCUUGUCAACAUUCUCAGCCUUUUUAUUUUCUAUUGGAACUGCCUGUUGAAACCAUGAGAAUUCCAUUCCAUAACUUUUGUGGUUUUAUUGCCUUGCAUUCAUCAUUCAGAUAGUGGUAAGAAUGCCAGCUAAUGCACUGCUGUGGCAAUACGGGAAGGUUUUAUUAUGCUUGCAUGGGUAAAAUAGUUAACUGGGUGACUGAACUGCACCCAAAGCAUGCUUAUUUUUCUAAAAUCGGUAGUCAGAUAGACUUGUAAAAGACUUACUGUUCUGUAAAGCGAAGAACGUUUGUAUGACGUGUCACAGAACUCUGAAAGAUGGAGGGCAGUUGAUUGGAAGGCAGAGAAGAAUCCUAAAAAUACAAACUAUUAUCAAUCUGCAGUAUUUACUGACCCUGUUUCUUGGGGUAGCAUGAGGGCAAGUUUUUCUAGAAGCAAGUUUUUAAAAAUUCAUUUUUUCAUUUGUAUUAAUUUGGAUCUAAAAAUAGUGUGCUCCCAAACCAACAGUAUACCGCAAGUAUUUUACGAGGCAACAACACACAGACACACACACACGAAGGCGACAGUACAUUGCACUGCACACAUCCAGAUAUGUCAGGGCAUAGUCAGUCUCACUUGUACACAGUUCAGCAGAGAGAGCUCAUCAUGUGUUAUUUUCCUAGCCUGCUCCUAGUCCUAGAGAACCGCUCACCUCCCUUCUGUAUUUUACUCAGGGUGCCAAAAUGGGGAGGAGGAAGUGGAGCAGGACAUUGAUGGUGAUUCAGUGUAGAGAGAGGACACACUAUUGAAAUAGGAUACAGAGCUUUCUGGAUAAAACAGGCAAAUUGCUACUGAUCCUGGAUGCAUUAUUGGUAUCCAUUUCCUCUCAAGUAAGUAAGGUGAGCUGAGGAGAGACGUAAUGGCACGAUAACAGAACUAGGGGAUACAAGUAAUUGUAGUAUAGAUAAUUAUAAUUAGGACAAGCUCAUCACAAUUGACCGUAUGGUCAAUUGUUUCUGUCUUGGCUACAGCUCUGACAAAUUAAUUUGUAGGCAUUAUGGGACACUAGGGCUUAAAGUCUUACGUACAUGCUUACCUUUCUUUUAUAGACUAUGCUUAUGAGUCUAGUAACACUUUUAACCUUUGACCUCCUCUGGCUUGAUGGUUCUCAUUAAAACAAGGACUUGCUGUGUGAAUCUAUGGUUAUGUCAUAACAUCACACACAGCUUCAAAUAGUAUAUAAAGCUAUUCUCAGUUAUACAACAUUUCAUCUCAGUUAAGAUAUGGAUGAUGACAUGAUGUAACAUCUGAAUGAGGUCUUCCUGAGACGUACGUUGGGGUAGUUGAAGAUGAGGUCUUCCUGAGACGUACGUUGGGGUAGUUGAAGAUGAGGUCUUCCUGAGACGUAUGUUGGGGUAGUUGAAGAUGAGGUCUUCCUGAGACGUACGUUGGGGUAGUUGAAGAUGAGGUCUUCCUGAGACGUACGUUGGGGUAGUUGAAGAUGAGGUCUUCCUGAGACGUACGUUGGGGUAGUUGAAGAUGAGGUCUUCCUGAGACGUACGUUGGGGUAGUUGAAGAUGAGGUCUUCCUGAGACGUACGUUGGGGUAGUUGAAGAUGAGGUCUUCCUGAGACGUACGUUGGGGUAGUUGAAGAUGAGGUCUUCCUGAGACGUACGUUGGGGUAGUUGAAGAUGACCAGAUCUUAUAGGGACGGUUUCAAAAAAAGCCCUUCAGGUAUGGCCAUCUUCUGGAUGGUAUGACAGGUUAGCUAUAACAGGCACUUCAUAUGGAUUUUACUACCUUCAUUACACUCUGCUAAUUGACCUGAGGGACUGGACGGUAUCUCCUCCUCUUCCUUUGUCAAUGCACUCAAACUACUGAAAGGUAGGCACAUCAAGACAACAGAGCAGAAACCAUCUCACAACCUUUUCCACUUGUGGA